CUCUAGAUGGCGACAGGGCGCAAAGUUGCACUUAAACUGCGAGUAGCAGCAAGUGUCGAUAAAGGCUAACGACUGGAGCUAACCUGUGUCUCUAUCCACCCCAGUUCUGGGGGGAUUUGUUGGAUAUUAGUUUACUGGCUUGUUUUGAGUCGGUUUUAUUUGCCAAAAAAUGCAGAAAUAUGAAAAGCUUGAGAAAAUAGGAGAGGGUACUUAUGGGACUGUUUUCAAAGCUAAAAACAGAGAAACCCACGAAAUUGUGGCUUUAAAAAGAGUCAGACUAGACGACGACGAUGAGGGGGUACCGAGUUCUGCUUUGAGGGAAAUCUGUCUUUUGAAGGAACUAAAGCAUAAAAACAUUGUCAGAUUACACGAUGUGUUGCACAGUGACAAAAAGCUAACCCUGGUCUUUGAGUAUUGUGAUCAGGAUUUGAAGAAAUAUUUUGACAGCUGCAAUGGGGAUCUAGAUCCUGAAACUGUGAAGUCAUUCAUGUACCAGCUGUUAAAAGGUCUAGCUUUCUGUCACAGCCGAAAUGUCCUUCAUAGAGACCUGAAGCCUCAGAAUCUCCUCAUCAACAGAAACGGAGAAUUGAAGCUUGCUGACUUUGGGCUGGCCCGAGCUUUUGGUAUUCCAGUGAGGUGUUACUCUGCUGAGGUGGUGACAUUGUGGUACCGACCUCCAGAUGUGCUGUUUGGUGCUAAACUUUAUUCUACCUCCAUUGACAUGUGGUCGGCUGGAUGCAUAUUUGCAGAACUGGCGAACGCCGGACGCCCUUUAUUUCCAGGCAAUGAUGUCGACGACCAAUUAAAAAGGAUCUUCAGAUUGUUGGGUACACCAACCGAGGAACAGUGGCAAUCAAUGACAAAACUUCCAGAUUACAAGCCAUAUCCUAUGUAUCCAGCAACCACCUCACUGGUUAAUGUGGUUCCAAAGCUAAGUAACACAGGACGGGAUUUACUACAGAACCUGUUGAAGUGUAAUCCCGUCCAGAGGAUCUCUGCUGAAGAAGCCUUGCAGCACCCUUACUUUGCUGAUUUCUGCCCCCCCUAAAUGCUGCGCUGCAAGAAUAAAACCAUAAUCCUUCCACCCGUCUGGUAGUUAAGAUUCAAAUAAGGCAAACACCGACUCUUCGCCGCAGUUCUUCAUCUUUUGCCUCUGUGUGAAGCAAAGCCUUAGUGGUACUUUUGUGCUUUUAAGUUGAGACGUCCUAAUUCAUAGAAGCUGAUGUGGGCAGGGGUUACUUUAUUCAAAUUCCUUUAUUUAUUUCAUAAAAUCAGUUUAAGAACAUAAAAUAAAGAGCUGCAGUGUUUCCAGUUCACUGCACACUAUAGUAGCAGUUAUCAGCUAAAUUACUUAAAAAUGUGGAGAAUUACGUAAUUUUACGUUCUCGAAAGCAAAACGAAUUGCAGUAUUUUUUAAAAGUUGUACUUAAAAUAAAAACAGCAGCAGGCUUUGCAAACAAAUUAGGAUUAUUGAACAUUUCCUGUCCGGCAUUUACUAAGGCAGCUACUUUUAGUAGUUGUAGUUCACAGCGUGACACUAACUGGAAGUUAUUUUCUGAAAAUGCUUCAACCUUUUUUUUUUUUACAGGUUUUCCUGUAAUUUGAGUUCAUCAAAUCAAAAAAACAUCAAAGAAAAUGUUUUGUUUCUGAUAAUUGGCAAAUAACAGAACCUGCUACCAAAUAUUAGACCUCUAUAAAAUUUAUAAACCAUAUGACGCUAUUAUCUUUUUCUCACCCCCAUUUGAAGAUGUAGAACUAUUUUUUAAUUUUCAGUUUUGUAUGUUUUUGUGCACUUUGUCACUAUAGACCUGCUAAACACUGGCAGUCAAGAUUACAGCUAAUCAUCGGCUUUUAUAUAUAUUUAAAUGACCAAUAGUGACACAUUGCUUCUUUUUUUUAUCACGGUUAUAUUUUUCUGGAAUGCUUUUAUAAUUACAAAUGGCAACAAAUAAAUAGUUUUUAUUUUGUCAAAGUAACAUGCUUAACUUGCUGCAUUUUUUAUUUCAAAUUAAAUUGCUUUUUUUUCUUUUAAAGGUGAAAAACUGAGUGCAAUCUUAAGCAGCUCUCUUUUAGAAGUUAUUUUAUUUCCCUUUCGCUGAUGUAAGAAAAACUAGUUGCAUGUAUUUAUUAAGGAUGUUUUAAGUACUUUUAUUUUGGUAGUAAAGCUCAUUUAUGUAGAUAAUAAAAAAACAAUCUUAAAUUCCACUUUUUUUCAGUAUUUAAAAUAAAAGUUUGAAUGCACAUAGAUUAAGUUAAAUGGAGAGUUUGCUCUUUGUACAUUUUUUACAGCUUUUUGCACUUUGCCUUUUUGUUUUUUUGGCUUCUGCUGGUUGAAUUUGUGACAUAUCGUUUAACUGUGAGUUUAAACCAGUAAGUAUUUCAUCACAUCGGCAUAAAUACAAACUUGCUUUUCUUUCAAAGUAAGUAGCAGCUUGUUUAUUCUGUCCUUUCAAGUGUUGUAGAUUCAUGAACUGCAUGUUAAAAGAAAGAAAAAGAUCUGGGUAAAGAAACAAAGGUGUGCAAUUCCAAUACAAAUUGUAGCAGAAUGUAAAAUACAUUCACUGCAUCGCUUAACAGAUUUAGAUACAACUGCAAUAAAUCAGCUUUUAUCUGCUUUCCUUGA